AAGAGUUUCAUCAUCAUCAUCAUCAUCAUCAUCAUCAUCAUCAUCAUCAUCAUCAUCAUCAUCAUCAUCAUCAUCAUCAUCAUCAUCAUCAUCAUCAUCAUCAUCAUCAUCAUCAUCAUCAUCAUCAUCAUCAUCAUCAUCAUCAUCAUCAUCAUCAUCAUCAUCAUCAUCAUCAUCAUCAUCAUCAUCAUCAUCAUCAUCAUCAUCAUCAUCAUCAUCAUCAUCAUCAUCAUCAUCAUCAUCAUCAUCAUCAUCAUCAUCAUCAUCAUCAUCAUCAUCAUCAUCAUCAUCAUCAUCAUCAUCAUCAUCAUCAUCAUCAUCAUCAUCAUCAUCAUCAUCAUCAUCAUCAUCAUCAUCAUCAUCAUCAUCAUCAUCAUCAUCAUCAUCAUCAUCAUCAUCAUCAUCAUCAUCAUCAUCAUCAUCAUCAUCAUCAUCAUCAUCAUCAUCAUCAUCAUCAUCAUCAUCAUCAUCAUCAUCAUCAUCAUCAUCAUCAUCAUCAUCAUCAUCAUCAUCAUCAUCAUCAUCAUCAUCAUCAUCAUCAUCAUCAUCAUCAUCAUCAUCAUCAUCAUCAUCAUCAUCAUUCAUUUUAUUGUUUUCUCAUGAUAUUUUGAAUCUAUCAGUUGCAAGUUUGUCAAUGUUUUGA